CCCACGCGGCCACUCCAGGCGGUUGUGUAGAAGGGAGAGGGUCGUGCCGCUAUGGCAACCGCGCCUGCGCUGUGCCUACUCCGCCGCCUCCCGACGCUCGCCUCUUCCUGCGUUUGCUGCUGCUCCUGCCACCGGCAGGGUCGCCUCCUCCCGGCUCCGCAAGGCGCCCGCCGCGUCCACCUCAGCGCCCGCAGGGAUGAGGCGGUGGUCAUCUCUGGGCGGAAGCUAGCGCGUCAGAUCCGGCAAGAGGCGCGUCAUGAGGUGGAGCAAUGGGUGGCGUCCGGGAACCGGCGGCCACACCUGAGCGUGGUCCUGGUGGGCGAGAAUCCCGCCAGCCACUCCUAUGUCCUGAACAAGACCAAGGCGGCGGCCGACGUGGGGAUCAGCAGCGAAACCAUCCUCAAGCCGGCCUCCAUCACGGAAGAGGAGCUCCUGGAUCUCAUCACCAAGCUCAACAGUGACGCCAAGGUGGAUGGCCUCCUGGUGCAGCUCCCUUUACCUGAACAUAUUGAUGAGCGAAAGGUCUGCAACGCCGUGGACCCCGAGAAGGAUGUGGAUGGCUUCCACGUGGUGAACGUGGGCCGGAUGUGCCUGGACCAGUACUCCAUGCUGCCGGCCACGCCGUGGGGCGUGUGGGAGAUCAUCAAGCGGACAGGGAUCCCGACCCUGGGCAAGAACGUGGUGGUGGCCGGGCGAUCCAAGAACGUGGGCAUGCCCAUCGCCAUGCUCCUCCACACGGAUGGGCGGCACGAACGCCCUGGAGGCGAUGCAACUGUGACCAUCUCUCACCGCUACACUCCCAAAGAGCAGCUCAAGAAGCACACAAUCCUGGCAGACAUUGUGGUGGCCGCUGCAGGCAUUCCCAACCUCAUUACGGCAGACAUGAUCAAAGAAGGGGCGGCUGUCAUCGAUGUGGGCAUCAACCGGGUCCAGGAUCCCGUUACGGCCAAACCCCGGUUGGUGGGAGACGUGGAUUUCGAAGGCGUCAAGCAGAAGGCCAGCUUCAUCACCCCGGUCCCCGGUGGCGUAGGCCCCAUGACAGUGGCCAUGCUGAUGAAGAACACCAUCAUUGCUGCCAAGAAGAUGCUGCGCCCCCCAGAAGUGGCCGCCCUCAGUGCUUGAGCCCUCACCCCCUUUCUGGCGCGUGCCCUGUGAGACGGUCAGCAGCAUUCCAAGGGGCAGCAGCAAAAAGUAUUUAUUGAGCAGGGCUGCCAUUGCUCUUCAGUGGGGCCUUAUGCACAACUCCCAUUGUUUAAGGCAGGCACAGGCCAACUUUGGCCCUCCCUCCAAGUGUUUUGGACUUCAACUCCCACAAUUCCUAACAGCCGACCUGGAGGGCUGAAGUUUGUCCAUGCCUCGUCUAAGAGCAUCCCGCUGCCUCUGGCAUAACGUAAGGGCCAAAAAAAUGUGUGUUUUCUACCAACCAAUUCUAGGCGGCGUUCUCUGCCUUAGGAUCGUUCCUGAACCUCUGCUGGAGGGAGAGGUUCACUCCGUUUUCUACAAAGUCUUUAUUUAUAUAGCAUUUUUUCCCACUCGUGUUAUCUUCUAGCAAUGCAAUUUCUAGCCAUUUCCAGCACUCCGACCCUCUGCGUUCUUAAAGGGAUGGAGCGGUCCUGAAUGUUACAAACCUAGCGGGCGUUUGCCUCUGAGCUUGCUGUUUAUAUAGGCAAUUAGCAGAAGUUGCCAUUUGUGCUUGAAUAAAAAAGGAGCCUUGCACCCC